ACUUUAGUUGUUUUUGAUGAAAUGCCUUACCCUAUCAUAUUCCCUUUGCCUCUUCCUUAAACCCACAUCACAACCAGCCAAGUUAAUGAUUUCCUCUAUAUUCAUUUUUCCUUCAACUCCUAGUAGCUACUCUUUCAUUUCUCACUCAUCAACACCAGCCAUAUAUAAAAUUUGAUGUGCAAUACCUUGCUCUUCCUUUUUGAUGCCAAUUUUUAGACUACAACUCUUCACUCUCUAAUCUCAUCAUUUCAGAGUAUUGGAGACAACUUGUCAAGGAAAUGAUAGAGGAAGCCAAUUCUCUAAGGUGGUCACCAAGUUGAAGUGCAGGGUAUGGCGAGAAAAUAUAACAGGAAGUACAAAAAAAGAAAAUCAUCAACACCUUAUCAAAAGGGACUGACUUUUUCCAAGGUUAUGCCAAAGGUGCUGCUAAAAAUACAACAUUUAGUACCAAUGAAGAAGGUGUUUUUUAUAAGGAAAUUACUGAGAAUAUAAAGGAAGUCGCUGAUAAUAGAAAAGAGCUUUCUGAGAAUAGAAAGGAGCUUUCUGAGAAUAGGAAGGAGCUUUCUGAGAACAAGAUAGAGUAUUCUGAGCGUAGGAAAGAAAUUUCUAUUCUUGGAAAAAAAUUAGAUGAGAUUCGUGAAAAUAUUAAUGAUCUCGUUGGAAUGAAAGAUGAUGCCAAACGUGUCGAAGAUCUUCUCCGAGCAUUGUGUAAUCAACGAGAGAAGGACAUAGAAAGAACUAAAGUGGAAGAGAAAAAAUUGGCUGCACAAAAGGACUUGGAGGAGUGCAUCAAUGAUUUAAAAUCCGGGAGAAUCGUUCUUAGCAGUCCAGAUUGUGUUGCUCCUUCUCCAUCAAUUUUAAAAGCUGUCAUACAAGAUGACAAUAAAUUCUUUUAUCAAAAGCGACCGAAAAUUUCCAAGAGAAAAAGAUCUAAUGAAGAUAAAAAAGUACAAAAGUCGUAUUUUUCGGUAGCGAGCAAGGAGGACAUGACUUCCGUCUAUCAUUCUUCAAGUGCAGAAAUUCCACCAACAAUUAUUGCUUCACCACCUUCGUUUUCAACACUUGUUGAAACAACUGUAAUCAAAGGAAAUGAUAUACAUCCCAAUCGUGAUCCUCCAGUCGACUCCCAUCCAAAUUAUGUUGAUAUUUCUCCAACAUUUUUGACACCAGAAAAGAAGAUAAAUUGUUUCUCAGGCAACUUUCCAUUUGAUAGUGAUUUUGAAGCUAUGCCUUCAAAGGAAGUAGCUGAUGCUUUCUUAGAGUGGUAUUCAAAAGGCAUGAACAUGAAACGCAAGAAUUCUCCAUCUUCUCCUCCAUUUGUUGGAAAAAAUGACAUUAUCACUUUUCAAAGUGGAAAGAAGUUCAAAUUGGGUACAACACAUGUUACAAGGAAGAGGUGGUUCUUCGAUAUAUAUGAUGCUAAAGGUCUUUUAUCAGAUGAACAUGUUGAUACAUCUCUGUAUUAUUUGCGAAAGAAAGCAUUAUACCAUAGAUGUUGCCCUUCAUUUUUGAAAUGCACUACAACAAGUUGUCUUUUUGAUUUCUACAUGGGUCAAGUUUGUAGGGAUGUUAGUUCAUUGGAUGAAAUUCAUUUAAGGAAGAUAUUUUCAGAUAUAAAAAAGUUUGACCAAGGUGAGAUUAUGAAGCAUCCGUGCCAUUCAAUAAAAAUCUUGAUUAAUAUGAUUAAAGGAGAUUGUAUAGAGUUUUCGAAGCCAUGGGUGGAUCUUAAUCAUGUUUUUAUGCCAUUGUGUCUUCAAGGAGGUAUUUCUUUAGCUCAUUGGUUUCUAGGUGUUUUAGGAAUAGAUGAAAGAAUUAUCUAUAUCUAUGACUCAUUUUAUAAGGCCAAUGAUGAAGCUAUAAAAAAUUAUGUGAGAAACUACUGCAAAGUUCUUCCAUUCAUUCUUGAGCAUUUGGGAUUUCAUCAAAAACGUAAACAAUACGCUGUUGGUCAUGAAGAAUUCAAGUUAGUUUGGAUUGAUGCUCCUCACCAAGGAAACCAAACUGAUUGUGGCGUUUACCUCAUCAAAUUUGUUGAAUUAUUGAUGAUGGGGGAGUCUCACUUCCGUAUUAGCCAAAACAAUGUUGAAGACAUGAGAAGAAAAAUGGCCAUAGAAUUUUGGGACCAUGCAUGCAUCAAAUUGAUUGAUGAUUGUAAAACUCCAUCAGUUCAAAUAUGCAAAUAUGAUCAGUGAGAGUGUUUCCAGAUGGUUCAUUUUCGUGUUGGUUUAGUGAAAAUUAUCUAACAAAACAGAUUUCAAUUUCUAGUUUCAAACCGAUUAGUUGUUUGAGUUGUUGGACAGAUGUAAGUUUUCUAUUUCUAGUUUUAAACAAGCAUGGUUAGUUUUGUCUGUUA